GGCCCACUGCUAAACAUGGCUCUGCGUGCGCUCCGCCUCCAGCGAACUUUGAGUACCCUCUCUUCUUCGCACCGCUUCCUCUCUUCUGCUCCUGUCAUUUUGCCGAAUAUCAAAAUCUCUGCAGCCACCAAACCCGUUUCCUCACUCCUGCAAUCCUCCACUGUGAUUCCACAGUCCUUGAUCUCCUCUUCUUGGUCAAGAUGGGUCCAAGCCGCACUAUACUCGUCGAAACAGUACAAGUUGUACAAAGAGGGAGAUGAGAUCACACCUGAUACAGUCCUCUUUGAAGGAUGUGAUUAUAAUCAUUGGCUCAUUACUAUGGACUUUCCGAAGGACAACCCGCCUUCCCAUGAGGAAAUGAUUGCCACCUAUGAACAGACCUGUGCCAAGGGUCUCAAUAUCAGUUUAGAAGAAGCGAAAAAAAGAAUGUAUGCUUGUAGCACAACAACUUAUCAGGGCUUUCAAGCUAUAAUGACGGAAGAAGAAUCGGAGAAGUUCAGAGAUGUACCUGGGGUUGUUUUUAUUCUACCGGAUUCCUAUAUUGAUCCUGUGAACAAGGAAUAUGGGGGGGACAAAUAUGAAAAUGGAGUAAUUACACCAAGACCACCUCCUAUUCAAUAUAGCAGUAGAGGUCGAAUCCGCGACCGAAACAGAAAUCCUGAUCAAUCAAGAUAUGACCGCCAAGGAACUUCAAUGUCUAAUCGCCAAGGAACUUCAAUGUCUAAUCGCCAAGGAAAUUCUCCUUACAAUCAACAGGUACCUAUGCAAGGAGAUGGGAGAAACUAUGGCCCUCCGCAAAAUUAUUCACCACAGCACAAUUAUGGUAUGCCAGGACAAGGAAUUCCAAUGUCUAAUCGCCAAGGAAAUCCUCCUUACAGUCAACAGGGACCUAUGCAAGGAGAUGGGAAAAAUUAUGGGCCUCCGCAAAAUUAUUCACCACAGCAGAAUUAUGGUAUACCAGGACAAGGAGAAAGAAGGGAUCACAUGCCAAUGAGCAAUAGGGAUUAUGCCCCAGGAGGAAGGGACACUUAUCAGACAGAUAGAAGAGGUCCAAUGCCUUCAAAUCAGGGACAUUACAACCCAGGGGGGCAAGGAAGUUACAACCCAGGGGGGCAAGGAAAUUACUCGCAAGAACAAAUGAACUUUCCACCAAGGGAUCAAGUGAACUAUUCACCACCAAGUCAGGGAGAUUUUAGGGUUGGCAAUAGGAAUUAUGCUCCAACACAUGGUGGAUCUUAUGAGGGAGCAACAAAUCCUAGUUAUGGUCAGAGUUACACUGGGCAUGGAGAGGGUCAAGGGUUCCCGCCAGUGGAUGAGAGAAAUGUGCAAGGAGAGCCAAGGAACCAUGUGCCUCUGGGACAAAGAGACCAAGGAAGUUACUGAAAGCGUGCCAAAAAUUGCUCUGAAAUGAUGAAGAUGGAUGCGUCAGCAGAAAAGUUAGGAAAUCUUGUCUCUGUUAUUUUUCUGUACGCAGUAGAUCAGGUAUAAUUUUGAAGUAUCUCAUGGUAAAUAGUUUUUCGUUUGUGUUUCAAGUUUGAAGUUGUCACUUUGUACUGUAACAUUGGGUAUUUUUGUGCUAAACCAUUACCAUCUCCAUGGAUGUGUUUGCAUAAAUUUAAUCCAUAUUUUAGCAACUCAUCUGUGAUUAUGGAUUCAACGAGAGAAACUCUCUCCGUCCUUGAAGAAACUCAAUUAUGUUUGAAA